UACACUCCGCGUCACUGUAAGGAUGAGCCAGUGGACCAGGUUAGAGGUUGUUUCACCGACCUCCGACGGAAGGACCCGAAUGGUUUUCCCGCCGCACGUGCAGCGUCAGAUUAAUUCCCGCGCUCAGAUCAGUGAAACGAAUGAUGGCCAGAAAUAUGCUAAGAACAAAAGUCUACAUUUUGACAGAAAAGAUUAGGCGGAAAAACGACCGGGGCUCUUUCCUAAUCACCAUGGCCUAUGUAGACCUUGAGAAAUCCGUCAAACAAAUUACAUUACCACACCUGAAGCACUUUGAAAACAGCCUUCAAAAAGGAAAAUAUUAUUUGUGCUCUAAUGUAGCAGCCAUCGGCGACACUGUCCGCCUUACAGAAUCCUCAAAGGUUUUUGAAACAUCUCCAUUCGAAAUGAACCAAUCUGUCAUUGACACAUACCUCAACCCACCACAAGAAACAGUCGAGGAAAUUCUCCAAUCACCACAAAAAAGAAUGGUUUCAGUCAGAGGUAUUUUACGAAAAUCAUCACAGAUCAUAGAAUCGCCCAAUAGUAAGAGGAAGGAGAUAACAAUAGAGUCGAUGGAAGGUACUUCCCGAGUAGUUUGUAAAUUGUGGGGAGACCAUGCCGACAAGUGUCUGCCGCAGAAUGAUGAAGUCGUGACUGUCUGCAACGUAGAAGUUGCAACAUUUAAAGAUAUAAUUUCACUAAAUUCAACCCUGCUUACUUCCAUAAAGGAAUCCGAAGAGAACACCAUAGUCGAAGGAAAAGUCGAAGGGGUAGAUUUUAGAGAGGACUUCAGCUAUCUCAUCAUUGACACAAAAACUUAUAAAGUAAAAACAACGGAACUGGAAAGAAUAUUUCCCAGAGGGUUCGAACAAGACAUACAUAUCAAAGGAAGCGCUCAUGGAUUUACCAUUGUUGAACUAGAGAAGAUCAACCCAGCAAAGAAACCUAAGAGAGAUUAAACUUUUCAAGAAAAGUACUUCUUUUGAACAAUUUGAACAACGCCCAUUUCAUUUCAGCUAUAAUUCAAAGCUCAAAUAAGCUUUUCUAAUCAUAAUUUGGUCGUCUGUCUAGCUGUCCGUCUGUCUGUAAACAUUUCAUAUUUUUAACUUCUUUUCAAGAACCACUGGACCAAUUUCAAUAAAACUAAACACAAAGCAUCCUUGACCACAGAAGACUCAACUACUAUCUUCAUAUGAAAGGCCAUGUAUGACCUCUUAUAAAGGGAAAUAAUGAAGACAUAAUUAAAAUUUUGUGGCAUGUUUGUAAAUCUCCUCAUCAAGAACCACAGAGUUGGGAAAAUAUAAAACUAAUCUGGAAACAUCUUCAAGUAUUGCACAUUACAAAAUUUGAUUUUUAAAUUAUGACCCCCAGAUAUAGCCUGAGGCCACCAGAUAUGAUCAAAGUUUAACAUACGAAUAUAUAAGAAAAAACUUUAAAAAAUCUUCUUAAAGACA